AAAGGCAGGUGCUGAGGCCUCUACAGGAAGACUGUUUUUUCCUGAUUAUCUCUCAGAGUGGAAAAAAAUCUGACAAGGGUGAUCUCCUCAUCAGAACAGGAGUGGGAACAUGGGAGAUAUGAAGACGCCAGACUUUGAUGACCUGCUAGCAGCCUUCGACAUCCCUGACAUGGUGGAUCCUAAAGCUGCUAUUGAAUCUGGCCACCACGAUGACCAUGACGGACAGCUCAAGCAAUCCAGUGGUGCGGUGACUACCAAUGAAGAUGAGGCCCACAAUCCCUCAACAGGACAUGAUGUUGGCGUGAGUGUCAUUGUCAAGAACGUUCGAAACAUGGACAAUAAUGAACACGCAGGAACCAUAUCAGAGAAGAAUGGGCAUGGGCAUUUUCACUGCCACCCUCAACCCCAAUCUGUUGCCAUUGGGAAUGGACUUCAUAAUGGUCUUGUGCCCGCAAUACUCCCAGGUACUCUUUACACCAAGAAUGGAUGGAAGGCUUCUAGGGAGGAAGGACAGCCAGUUAACAACCAACCAUCUACAUUCAAUCAAUUCAGCCCCAUCUCCAGUGCUGAAGAGUUUGACGAUGAUGAUAAAAUUGAGGUAGAUGACCCAAUGGACAAGCAGGGAGGUCAAUCAUUCUUUAAGUCCACUACUCCGAGAGGGGAUCAUAAUGCCAAAUCUCCUGUAUCAGUGGACAAUGUUUCUAAAACCAGAGCAAACAAAGACCAAAAACCUGAUCACAACAAGAACAAUAGUGGUAGUGUGGCAGGUUCCAAGGUUCCUAAUAACCCCCCUAAAUCUGCUUUACCUGAAGAGGAACCAAAGGAAACUGUCCUCAAAUCUGAGGGUCAGCAGUGCAAGGAGGCUGGAGAACCAUCAGGGCUUGUUAAUGUGUCCAGUAUGUCUCAAGUCAAAGUCAAGUCCUCUGCAAAACUUUCAUCCUGUAUAGCAGCCAUAGCAGCCCUCAGUGCCAAAAAGGCUAAUACUACAGACUUGGGUAUUUCGGAUUCCACUACAACACAAAAAGAAUCCAUCCAGACCAAUGAAAAUGCAAGAGCUCCAGAGAAGCCACACGAGCAGGAGUCAGCCCUAGAGUUUGCAAAGAGGCUUUUAACGAGACAACCAGACAGCCCCUCUAGUGUCACCAGUGAAGGUAGCAGCAAAGAUUCCCUUGCCUCAAGCACAGACAACACCCCAGUUAUCCCAAAAGUCAGGAUCAAAACAAUCAAGACCUCAUCCGGCCAGAUCAAGCGUACUGUCACCCGAGUUCUACCAGAGUUUGAUGCUGAGGGUCUGAGAAAGGGAGAGAAUAGCCCAUCUAUCAUGGCAACCAGCAGUGCAAUUUUCUCAUCUCCCACAAGGCAUUCUCUGCCAACCACAGUAGUAGCCACCACUGGAGGCCCUUCAAUUGAAAUAACAAAGCAAAUGACUAUUAAACCUGUGGCAACAGCUUUCCUGCCUGUCUCAGCAGUCAAGACAGCUGGUUCCCAAGUCAUCAACUUGAAGUUAGCUAACAACACCACCGUCAAAGCAACAGUCAUCCCCGCUGCAUCAGUGCAAAGUGCUAGCAGUGCCAUCUUGAAAGCUGCCAAUGCCAUCCAGCAACAGACUGUCAUGGUACCUGCCUCCAGUCUGGCUAAUGCCAAACUUGUGCCAAAGACAGUACAUCUUAGUAACCUCAAUCUUCUGCCUCAGACAGUAUCCUCAACUGUCUGUGAUCUUCAUCAGGCCCUGUCCUCCUCCAAACAACCACAGCAUCAACAAUCACAGGUCAAACAAAAAAUUCUCGCUGGUCGGGCCUCAAAGAAAGUCUCUCGGGUCCAGGUGUUCACUAGCUCUCAAAGCUCUGUGGUGGACGCCUUCAAUAAAGUUCUGAGUAGCAUAAAUCCUGUCCCUGUGUAUGUCCCAAAUCUCUCUCCACCAUCCUCAGCUUGUAUCUCUCUACCUUCACGUGGCUACAAGUGCUUGGAGUGUGGAGAUUCAUUUGCUCUUGAGAAGAGCCUGACACAGCACUACGAACGCCGCAGUGUGCGGAUUGAGGUCACCUGCAACCAUUGUGCCAAAAGUCUUGUGUUCUACAACAAAUGCAGCCUCUUGUCUCAUGCCAGAGGCCACAAGGACAAAGGAGUUGUCAUGCAGUGCUCACAUCUAAUCCUAAAACCCAUCCCAGCAGAUCAGAUGAUAACCACAUCACCCUCAUCUGGUCCACCCAACAUCACUGGUACCACCUCCACCUCCCAAGCACUAGCACCCACUAGCCAAAUCCCAGGAAGAGUUGUUGGUGGUGGGUCACAAACUGCAGUGAUUUCAGCCCCAUGCAGUGCUCCUCUUGUGGCCGCCAUGCCCUUGGAGGAUGAUGCAUCAAAGCUCUGCAGGCACAGCCUCAAGUGCCUGGAGUGUAACGAAAUGUUCCAGGAUGACAGCUCGCUAGCUAUGCACUAUCAACAGGCAUCAGAGUCCAGUGAGCAGAAAACAUGCACCAUCUGCCAAAUGCUUCUCCCAAAUCAGUGUAGCUUUCUGUCACACCAGAGAAUCCACCAGCACAAGUCUCCUUACAUCUGCCCCGAGUGUGGCGCCAGCUGCCGUUCUGUCCACUUCCAGUCACAUGUCACCAAGAACUGCCUGCAUUACACCCGCAGAGUCGGCUACCGCUGUAUCCACUGCAGUGUGAUCUUCGCUGAUGUUGCAACUGUAAAAUCCCACAUCCAGAGCAUUCACUGUGAGGUCUUCUAUAAAUGUCCUCUCUGCCCCAUGGCCUUCAAGUCUGCGCCUGGAACACACUCUCAUGCACACACACAGCAUCCAGGAAUGAAAGCAGGAGAGCCUAAGGUGAUCUAUAAGUGUUCCAUGUGUGAUACCGUGUUCACUUUGCAGUCCCUGCUCUACACGCACUUCGACCAGCAUGUCAUCAAUCAUAAAGUUUCAGUGUUCAAAUGCCCCGACUGCUCAAUGCACUACGCACAGAAACAGCUCAUGUUGGAUCAUAUCAAGGCCAUUCAUGGAACCCUGAAGACCACUGAGGGUCCACCAAACUUAGGCAUCAACCUCCCUCUCAGCACCAAGCCCACUAACUCUAACAGUACCAACAGCAACAGCGCCGGUAAUAAUAAUAACAAAGAUGGAGGAAAUGUAAACAGUCAUGACAGGGGUGAAAAGAAGUCCUCACCGUCACCACUUAAGAAAGCAAACACUAACUGCUCAGUGGACCUCAAGAACCCUCCCAGCUCAGGAUACACGUGUGUGGAAUGCAAUAACCUCAUCAGUUCCAGGGAGGUCUUUGUGGCUCACAUGAGGCGCGAACACGGCAAGAUACUGAAAAAACACCCAUGUCGACAGUGUGAGAAGUCCUUCAGCUCCUCCCACAGUCUUUGUCGACACAACCGUCUCAAACACAAGGGACUGCGGAAGGUCUACACCUGCCCGCACUGCCCAGCUCUCAGUCAGCCGUUCACUAAAAGAGUGCUGCUGGAUCAGCACAUUCAGCUGAUGCAUGGAGCCAAAGACCAAGAGGGGAAGACUGCCAACCCUGAUAAUGUGGAGGCUUCACCUGACAAGAAAACCCUCAGCCCCAAAAGGAAGCCAGAAGAGGAUGAGGCACCUCCAUGCUUGAACUCCAGGGGCUCCGACUCACAGCCGCUGAAGAGGCUCAAGGUGAACAUCCUUAAAGUUCACAAGUGUGCCGUCUGUGGCUUCACCACUGAGGACAUCACAGCUUUCCAUGAGCACAUUCCCCAGCACAAGUCUGAUGGCUCAUCCUACCAGUGUCAGGAGUGCGGCCUGUGCUACACCUCCCACCGCUCGCUGGCCCGACACCUCUUUAUCGUCCAUCGGCUGAAGGAGCCGCAGGGUCUCGGCCGUUACUACGGACGGGGCAAGGACGACGACGAGAGCCAGAGAGAGAACCAGCUGGACGUUACAGACGAGAACAAUGACGGGACACCCAACACCAAAUGCAAAGUGUGUGGGAAGAUGUUUGAAACGGAGGGCAACCUGAAUACUCACAUGAGGACACAUGGGAUGGCGUUCAUAAAGUCAAAGAGACUGAGUGCAGCUGAGAAGUGA